ACAUUUCUUUUUAAAUAUUAUCAUACCCGCAACGAAAAAAUCAAUAGCGUCGGUCAUGAGCAGUACAGACAAUACGCCAUAUGGUUCGCUGAUGACCAACAUUGCCACACGCAGAGAUUCAGCGACUAUCUGCUUAUCGGUUUAAUUGAAAGAAAAGAUCGUGACUUGUAAACAAUGCAAAGUGUUGGAAGUGAUUAAUUUAAAAAAAAUUGUGGAAAACAGUGAUUAUUCAAACGUAAUCUACUAACUAAUUUUAUUAAUAGGAUAAUAAUGGCUACAUAUCCUGGAAUGUCUUUAAGUGGUGAAGUUAGGGAAAGUGUAUCGUUAGAUGAAGAUGAUUUAAGUGAUGUUGAAGACGAAGUUUUUAUAAGAGAUGGAAAAAAUGGUUAUAAGUUUUCUGAAGAUGCGGGUUUAAAAAGACCUUUAAUGGCUCCUAGGCGAAAACUAUCAUCAAAACCGGAUUUUGCCAGCCGAAUUAAAAAUCGUCCUCCUUGUAGGAGGUUAUGCCAACCAUGUUGUUAUGUAUUUAUUGGAUUAGGUUUGAUGACAGCAUUGAUAAUAUUAACGAUAGUAUUAGUAUCUUUGUAUCCACUACCAUUGGAAAAAUUGAAAAGCUGGAUAAUCACAAAAACGAAACAUAGAUAUACAGAAAAAGUUUUACCAUGCGCCGAUUUAGCCGUCACAGACGUUUGGACGUUAACUUUGCCAAAAUUAACUUCGGAAUCUGUUAUUAGAGCUGUAGAUAUAAAUUCGGAUGGAGUUGAUGAUUUCAUUUUUGGUUUUGGAACCGGUGAUAACUAUAACAUGAACCCAGAUGUUUAUUGUCAAAUGUUUUUUAACAUCCCUCCACCUUGCGGUGGUGGUUUAAUAGCUUUAAACGGAAUAACCGGUGAUGUGAUAUGGCGAAAAUGGCUGGGUCACACUAUUUUUACGAUUUUUUGUGAUGUAGAUGUAAAUGCUGAUGGAAUUUUUGAUUGUUUAGCAACUGGAAAAGGAGGGAUAUUUUGCGUUAUAAAUUCAAGAAACGGUUCCAUAAUAUGGAAAUUUGACAACAAAUUUAAUCCACCUCAACCGCUUAUUUUAGAUAUAUACAUGGCGAAUUUUAUUGAAGACGUUGACAACGAUGGUGUAGAUGAUGUUUUAGCGGCACAUACCUCACAAACAGAUAUUGCGAAAGUUGGUCAUAUGAUUUUGAUAUCUGGAAAAACUGGUGAUGAAAUGAAACGCGUUGAAACGCCGAAAGGAAUCGAAACUUAUUUUACUCCCCAAAUUAUAGCUAAUAAUCGGAGUACGUUUGUUAUUUUCGGUACUGGUAGUCCUACAUCACCAGGAAAUCUUAGUGUUGUUUUAUUAAAAGAUAUUACCCAAGGAGUUAUGACCAACAUAACUACUUUAUAUGCAGAUGAUAACAAAGGUGUAAUUUCACCAACUGUAUUAGUUGACAUCACAGGUGAUGGAAUUGCUGAUAUUGUAACAUCAUUUUUCAAUUCAACCACAAUGGCUUUUGAUGGAUACUCGUUUAAGCAGCUUUGGAAUUUUACAAUUCCUAAUUCAGAAACUUUAAGCAUUCCAACCCCAGGGUAUUUUAACAAUGAUAAUGUAACAGAUUUUUUGGUUAAAUACCAAAAAGGACCUGGCUUCCCAGUUUAUUACCACAGUGAAACGUAUAUUUUGGAUGGUAAAACUGGCAAAUCUAUUUACGAACACCCAAUAAUUGACACGGUAGGUUCCCAAAUGGGCGGAUUAACCAUUUCAAUGGAAAAGUUUGGUAUGGAUUGGUUCGUAUUUUGGACGGGAAAUUGUAAAGAUUAUGAAGCUCGACAAGACAUUUUCGAAUUUAUAUCUGGAAGCACUAAUAAGCAACAAAAUCGAGCAAAUAUCUGUAAAUUAAGAUUUAAUUCAACAAUGGUUGCUAAAAUGUACGCUUUAAAUCAAUUUGAUCAACCACCCGGAGUAGAAUUAUAUAGUUCAGAUAACCGAUGGGAUUUAGAAUACAAUAACAGCCGCUCACCAAUUGAUGAAGCACGCGAAUUUUUAAAAAUGCACCCAGAAUAUGAUCGACAACAAGUAGAAACAACCCCUCCAGGAAAUUUAGAAACAACCUACAAAGCAAUUGAUCCAUUAAGAAAUCAAAAACCCCAAACGAACAAUAAACACAAAACUCAAGAACCAGAAUAUUUAAAUACAAGAAAUAAAAAUGUAAACCCCAACAUGGAUCCCCAACCGAAAUACGAAAACGAUUACGAACAAAUCCGAUUGAAACCUAAAAUGCCUUAUUACCCACAAAACGAGGAUAUGGACACAGAUUACCCAGAAGAAGAACCGGAUGCGAUGUCUUUGUAUGGAUCAAGACAAUCGCGAUUACAGUAUCAUCCAAAUAAUCGAGACACAAGAAGUAAAAAGCAGGAAUUAGAUAACCCACAUGAAUACGAUGAUAAUGAAAGUACAACUAAGAAAAAAAGUCUUUCCGAGAAAACUCAUUAUGGAAUUUACGAUUAUAAAAAUGUAAAAAAUGCGAGAAGUCGCCUUAUGCACGAUUUAACAAAUCUACCAACAGAAAUUUUAAGGGAUACUUACUUCAAAAAUAGAGAAAAACAAAUGAGAAAAUCCCGCUUUGAACAGAGAGAUUUAAAAUCCCACAAAGAAAGGGCAAAAGGAAACGAAGAGGUUAAAAAGGCGAUUGAAGAAGAAAAAAAGAAAUUAGUGAAUACUUCCAUGACUUUAUGGGAUUUAGAAUCAGAAAUGGAAAUAGAAGAUAGAGAAAAUGGGUAUUAUAGAGGUAAAAGACAUAUAUAUCAAAAGUUUGAUGGUGUUCCUAAAAUAACUUCAGUUGGUACUCUAGUUAAAUCAAUAAAUUCUUCUACAAACUCAAUCGAUUUAGUUUUUCUUACAUAUUGGUUGCCAGCAAUAGAAGGUGCGCAAUUAGUGUUAGAAAAAGACGUUCAAUGUAUUAGUGAAAAAAUUAAAAACGCAAUGCGUUCUAAAGAACAAUCAAUAACGUUUCAAAAAUCUACAUUGGAAGAACUAUUUAAAAAAGAAUGCAUUGAAGAGCGAUUUAAAAAUCAGAAACCCACCGAUCGAACUGACCAAGACAAUAACUUUUCUUACUACAAUCAAGUGGCUCAUCUGAAUUUAGGUCAAAUGACCGUUUACAGGAUUAAAAUCGAAUGUAGAUGUCAGGCGAGAAGAAGGUCUAGCGAAAUGUGUCCAAGAUUUUUGGACAAAGAGAAACAAUCUUGGCCAUCGUUUUUAGGUAGAAAAGGAGACGGUUAUUUUAAGCGAUUUUUGUAAAAGAUUUUUUUAUAAGACUUAAAAAGACAAUUAAUUGGUUUAGCUUAAUAUAAUUACAAAACUCACCAAACACUGUAGUUUAAUGGUGGGUCUAAUUUUUCAUCUUUAUUGAUUUCUUGUUAUAGAAUCAAUUUUUAUUUAUGGAGUUUUAGAGAAACUUUUCGCGCUAAUAUGGACUAAGUUAUUUUUUUAAGAAGAAAAAUUGAUAGGAAUGACUUAACAUUACUGCAUUUAUACAUAGGACUGUGAUAAAAGAUCAGACUAUUUCCGCCAUCGUCUAACUUCCUUUGUACAUAAUAUAUUUCAAUUAGUGACAAUCUGCAAACGAUUUUAUUUUUUAUCGAAUUGAUAAAUUUAUAAAAAUGGCUAAAAUAUAAGUCUUAAUUUUAAUAUGUACAUAAUUGCAUAUUUUAUAUUAUUAUAUAAGGAAUUUACGUAGCAUAAAUUUAACCUUACAUUCUGAAGAAAGAAUAACACUUUUUUAUUCAAUACAGUUCAUUUAAGAAAGUAUUUUAGAUUUUAGCGCAUUAUUUCAAAUAAAUGUUGCCAAAAUCGAAAUUACACAAAAAAUUAAAUUGAUUUAUAUUGGGUCAUAAAUUUACAACCAUUUUCCGUUGGGCAAAGUUGAAAAUAACAGAAUUACCACAUUCCCCCCACCAAAAUAGCUCUGUUUCAGAAUAAAAACGGUGCUUGGAAAGGAUUACCUUUCCUUUUGUGAUGUUCCUUUCCUUUUGUGAUAUUUCUUUCUUUUGUAGGAAUCCUAUCAUAAUUAUUCAACCUAAUUUUUUCCUUUAGUAUACCAGGCUAAAAUUAUGUCAUAAAGCCACAAAAUUGUAUAAAACGUAAUCUUUAUAAAAUAACUUGUAAUAGUAGAUUUGGUCAGGUUGGUAGGUUAUUGUAUAAGUGUACAAUAAUGGAAUUAUUUUGGUGGAUAUAGUUUAUAUAUUGUUGUGAAAUAAAGUACCUAGAACAAAUUAA